UCUUUCUCCUGACGUCCUUCCUUCUCUCUCCCCGAGUGUCACACGCUUUUAGAGAUGUAGACCUCUGAAAAAAGAACAACAAUACUAACUAAACGUUUCGUGUUGUAUGGUUAUGGUGCGGGCAGCGGGGGCGGCUCUUCCGACGAUGCCGGUUACGGAGAUGUGUUUCUGAACCGGGGGGCUGUUGGUGUUUGUUUGUUUGUUUAAUUUACCCCGAGAAUCCGAGUCCGGCUUCAGCGCAAGGAGCGUAAUAUCUCUGCCAGUCCGUCAUGUAGUUCACAUGUUUUCGUGUUUUCUCUCCCAAAUUAUUUCGCUCGUUCUUUUGUUCGUUCAUUCAGAAGUCGACCGUACUGCUUUCGAGAUGGCGCGGUAUUUUUUUUUUUUUUUUUUUUUUUUUUUAGCAGUUUCGGGAAAUAACGAGGCUUAAAGAGACUGUUUAUCACCGCUAUUCUUACGUAGCACAGCUGUAAUUUUUACUGUCGUCGUUUUUAUUAUUAUGCCGUUUUUUAAUGAAGAGCCACGGAGCAGCGCGCACUGGAUAGGCAGGAAAUUUCCAUGAGUGUGAUUGUCCUCCUAUCCAAAGCCAUCUUUGGUUGACAUGAUAUUAUGAGGAACUCGGUUUGACGUUUUUAUGCUUUUUUUUUUUUUUAUUAAGAAAAUGACACUGAGUGUUACCUGCACGGUGUACUUCGGCGAAACAUGGGCGGGUGUUAGUGCGUAAAAAUCCACAAUUCGGUGUGUGUGUGUAUGUAUGUACGUACGUACGUAUGUGUGUGUGAAUGAGUGUGCGAGCGUGUGCGUGUGCGCUUGUAUGUGUUUUUCCCGUGUUUCUAAGCCGCUGAAGAUCAAGAUGCGGCUCCUCUAGGCUCCGAGCGCCUCCAGUUCCGGGCCGCAGCGAGCGGGGGUCCGUCCGCCGGCGGCGCCGCCACACACUCCCGGCCCAUGUCGACUGUUACCGCCAGCGCUACACACUCACACUCGUGUAAAUACACACAUGCGCACACAUUACGUGUAGGUCGCCUAUAGAGCAGGGAAACUCAGGGAAAAAGAAAUUGAACAUGUCUUCUCGAUCGGCGCUCCCUUCUGGAAACGAGCGGAAUUCUGACCACCAUGCCUCCCUCACGGGCAGCCGCUCGGAAAAGGGCUCCGGAUGGUCGAGCCGCUCGAUGGGGGCACGUUGCCGAAACUCCAUCGCCUCCUGUACGGACGAGCAGCCGCACAUCGGCAACUACCGGCUGCUCAAGACCAUCGGCAAGGGCAACUUUGCCAAGGUGAAGCUGGCGCGCCACAUCUUGACAGGACGGGAGGUUGCAAUAAAAAUAAUUGACAAAACGCAGUUGAAUCCAACCAGCCUACAAAAGCUCUUUCGAGAGGUACGGAUAAUGAAAGGCCUGAAGCACCCAAACAUAGUGCAGCUCUUUGAGGUCAUAGAGACAGAAAAAACCCUGUACCUGAUCAUGGAGUACGCCAGUGGGGGUGAAGUGUUUGACUAUCUUGUGUCACAUGGGAGAAUGAAGGAAAAAGAAGCACGAGCCAAAUUCCGGCAGAUUGUGUCUGCCGUUCACUACUGUCACCAGAAGAACAUUGUUCACAGAGACCUCAAGGCAGAGAAUCUCCUGCUGGAUGCUGACUCCAACAUCAAGAUCGCCGAUUUCGGCUUCAGCAAUGAGUUCACGCUGGGCAGCAAGCUGGACACGUUCUGUGGCAGCCCCCCCUACGCCGCCCCCGAGCUCUUCCAAGGCAAGAAGUACGAUGGGCCCGAGGUGGACAUCUGGAGUCUGGGGGUCAUCCUCUACACGCUGGUCAGCGGCUCGCUCCCCUUCGAUGGGCAGAACCUAAAGGAGCUCCGGGAACGGGUGUUGAGGGGAAAGUACCGUGUGCCCUUCUACAUGUCCACUGACUGCGAGGGCAUCCUACGCAGGUUCCUGGUGCUCAACCCUUCCAAACGCUGCACCCUGGAGCAAAUCAUGAAAGACAAGUGGAUGAAUGUCGGAUAUGAAGGUGAUGAGUUGAAGCCACACGUGGAACCUGUGGAAGACUACAAUGACGCCAGCCGUAUAGAGGUGAUGGUGGGAAUGGGCUACUCCCGUGAGGAGAUCAGGGACGCCUUGGUGAAUCAGAAGUACAACGAUGUUACUGCCACUUACCUGCUGCUGGGCCGCAAGAAUGAGGCGGAGAGCAGUGAGUCCCGGUCAGGCAGCAGUCUCUCGCUGGCACGGGUCAGACCCAGCACCAUCACCAAUGGCACCAGCAAGCACUCCUCCUCGACCAGUUCCUCAUCUACCUCCGCUUCUUCGCACAGCAAGACACAACGCAGCGCCUCCACCUACCACAGGCAGCGGCGGCACAGCGACUUCUGCGGGCCUUCUCUCCCGGUGGCACACCCCAAGCGCAGCCCCACCAGCACAGGAGAGGGUGAGCUCAAGGAGGAGAGGCUACCUUCUCGUAAGGCUAGCUGCAGCAUGGUGGGUAGCCGCAGCAUCCCUCCAUCCAGCCCCAUGGUGAGCAGCGCAAACAAUCCCAACAAGUCGGAGAUCCCGGACCGUCGCAAAGAGAUCAACGCCACCACGAACAACAUCCCUGCUAGCGCAAUGACCCGCCGCAACACGUACGUGUGCACGGACCGCUCCAGCACCGACAGACAUUCACUACUGCAGAACGGCAAGGAGAACAGUUCGCUGUCCCAUCGUCUGCCCCCAGCCUCACCCUCCACCCACAGCAUCGCGGGUGCCGGCGCAUCCGGGUCCUCCUCGGGGGAGCGCUCCCGCCUCACCCGCGGCUCCACCAUCCGCAGCACCUUCCACGGAGGCCAGCUGAGGGACCGGCGCCCGCCCCCCCACGCCGCCCCUCCCACCUCGCCCACCCUGUCCCACGACGCAAGUCCCCUGCCCCACGUGCGCAGCCGUGCCACCUCCAACCUCUUUAGUAAACUCACCUCCAAGCUGACGCGCAGGGUCAAUCUUGACCCUUCUAAGCGCCAGAGCUCAAACAAGUCUGUCUCGGGCUGUACUCUUCCACAGGGAUCAAAAACAGUUAGGUCACAGACGAACCUGAGGGAGUCUGCAGAUCUCCGGUCACAAGGUAAGACGUUUGCAGCCCAUGCACACUGUCAGGGUAAAAAUACCAGUCGCCAUCUACCUGGGCAUCAAAAAGCGUCAGAGCCCCGGACCCCCCGAUGCGGCUGGGAUGUGAGGGUGCGCAGCCCUCGAGACCCGGCGGAGGUGGUCCUGGCGCUGCGGGAAGCGGCCCAGGGCUGCGGCUGCCAGGUCCACGUGGCCGGCCCCUUCCUGCUGUCCUGCACCCACGGGGCGGCCGGAUCGCGCGUGGCCUUCGAGGCUGAGGUGUGCCAGCUGCCCACUGGGGUGUCGGAGACCAGCGGCGUGCGCUUCAAGCGCCUCUGGGGGGCACCGCUCGCCUUCCGGGACAUUGCCACGAAAGUCUCCAAAGAACUGGAGCUCUGAGGAUGACAGGGGGUCGGGGAUGGGGGCCAAGGACAGAUGGACAUACUGGGACAAGCAUGGAUGUUGAGGCAGACGCCUCUGCCUCGACUACCGCUGCUGGCACCAGCCCCGCACCCGCCCCCGCUUCAACACCACAUGGACAUAUAGACAGCUUGCUUCCCGCCAGCCCCCACCCUGCUGAAAGACGUCACUGUCCCCGGACAAAACGACUCCUCUUCUCCCAUUUUCAUUCCCGCUGAGAAUCUGUCGUCUUAAUGAUUACGUUUGUUACCAUUCCUUAAUAACAGCUGCUAUUUAAAAUGUUUCUCAAUUGUUUUGUUGCCAUGGGACAUUUUUAGUUUUCGAGAUCUGUGCGAUUUGUAGCGAAUGCUUUUGAAAGGGUAGUGUUGAUCCGAGCAUUGCUGUUCUGAACUCCGACCACCUGGUGGAGCCGCACAGAAACGCACAGAUUGAUGGCAGCAGCAAGACAGUUGCCUUUUUUCUUUUUUUUUAAAAUAUUUCCCCAUUCUCUGUCACUUUUUAGGUCUCAUUUGCUGUGUUAUUUUGCCACGUACGGCAGGAGCAAAGCUGUCUGACGUCACAGUGUACAAACCAGAUGAUGUGAUGGCUGCUUUUCUGAGCCGCUGCACUUUGUUUUUUUUUUUCCUACAUAUUAGCAGUACAUACUAACUAAAACCAUACUACUUUUAUUAAUAUAGGAGCACUUUGGUCUGAAAGUAAACUCCCCCUUUGAGAAUUGUCGCCCUUCCCCUGCCACACCAAUCCUCUGAACCAAACGUCUUGCCUUUUGUUUACAGUUUACAUAAUUAUAGAGGCUUAAUCAUCAGGUACCACUUUUUUCUUUGGUUGCAGUUUGUUUCCCAUUGUUAAAUUUCAGCAAGGAGAAUAUAGGCCAUUUUCGCUGGUCCUUACUCAGAAAAGUGGUCGGGACUUAAUUGAUGCCAAGGUAUUUGACUUUCCCCCGUUCCUCUGUUAUUCAUUGGAAUAGGAUUUGGUUUGGCCUGCAUCUUUGAACUGGCCCUGGUCUCUGCCCAGGAACUCCAAAAGGUGUUAGUUAAAUGUAGCUAAAAGUAAGUCUGGCAUCUGCUUCGUAGAUAAAUGUGAAAGACGGCUUCAGAGGUACCAGCUUGUUUCACAAUACUCGCGUCGUAUACAUUUUGGGGUAGCUAACUAGGUCCUGGACUGGUGCUAAGCGUUGUCUGCCAAAUGAUAAAUGUUGUGGUAGCAUGCUCCGAUUUUCACUCGAUCGCUCACUCCUUGUAGCUCAGCUAGGAAGCAACCCUCCCACUUCAGUCCGGUGAUCACCAGUUCAGACCUUGACCGUGCCUCAAGUUGGCGAUAGUGUAGGGGAAUGAUUUCUAACAAACCUGGCUCUGGCAAUCCUUAGCUCCUCCAACAGCCUUCCUUUCUCUUGCAUGCCAGGGUGCGGGAUUCUCUGUUGACGUUGCCAUUUGGCCGAGGUGCUGCGCAAAGACUCUGACCCUGAGUCAGGAGGGUGUCCCAGGUACUGGCCUGCAGAGAUUGAUGCGCUAAUUGUCGAUGCGGUACGGUUUCGCUCACGUGUCGGUGCCGGUCCUUCCCGCUGCACCACUAUCCUGCAGCUCCCUUUUUAGGAGGAACAUGAUCUGGAUGCCUAAUGGACAAGGGAAAAGGGGCAAAAAUGAUUACUUGAGAUCUGAUGACCAUUUGUGUUUUUAUUUUCUACCUGUACCCCCUCCACCUUCCGGCACAAACAUAACACAAAGACAAGAAUACUCCACACAACAUACAUGCAAACGCAACACGUUAAAAAUCCAAAUUCAGUGCUAUUGAAUUCCAUUACUUGACACUUUAUACGUACAUUAUGAUGAAUUCUAUUAAGGAAAGUAUUGCACACUGGAGUAUGUAUAAAUUUGACUUGUGGUUGAUGCAAGACACUAAGUAUCUCUUACCUCGGCUGCAAACGGGCAUGUCAGAUGCAAGCCUCUGAAAGAGUUGACGACGUCUGAAAUGUGAAAGCUGUAAUUUUUGGUCACUCCCUUAGGUAGAAAACUUUUUCUAUAAAACUUGAGGGCCUCUCUUCAUCAACUGGUUUCCUAUAAAUUGUUAGAGCUUAGGGCUGUUUAGAGCAUAGACAAUAGUAAUAGGUUUUAAACAGUUAAUGAUAAAGGGGGUGCCUAGUAAGUACUUUUGACUUGCAGUUCUGCAUGUCUCCAGGAAAAGUGAUCAAAAAUAAAAUUUCUUCCUUCACAUCCUUGGACAGUUGCUUCUUCGCUGUUAUUGAUGUGUACCAAGUCACAUCAUUUCAGUCCUUGUUGUUUUAGUCAAUAUGAUGCAGGUAUUAAAAGUUAUCAAAAGCCAUUAGCAAUCUUAAUAUUCCAGGGGUGACUCUUCAGUCCAAUAUAAAUAGAAGGUGUCCGUGAAAUAUCUUGGGCCUCCUUUUCGGAGGGCAUUGGGGUGGAAAUAAAAUAUCUGAGUACUAUCGUCCUUAAAUAUUUUCCAGUUCUGGGGAAUAUCUAGAAGGCAUUCGGUUAUUCAGAAGGUGAUGAGAAAUAAUAAAAACACAAAAAUUGUUGUCAGAUUUUGGUCUUCUGUUUUUCAAGUGCCACAUGCAUAAUCAUCUAUGUAUUCUAUACAGUAGGGUGAAGCGGACAAGAUAUAACUCUUUGCAGCAGAAGCACAUUUCUGCGCUGUCAAGUUCUUGGCUCUAGUUGGUGUUCAUUGCUGUCACAGGGAUGUCUUUCCUGGCAUUCUCUGCGAGAAGUUGUCUGCCUGACUCUUGUCACGUAAAACAGACAGCCAGCAAACAUAUAUAGUUAUAAUUGGUCAGGUGGCUACUGUCAAUUUUAGAAUUCAUUGCUGUACAAAAGCACUCGGUAUCGAAUGGGUCAGAAAGUUCUCCCUUGCAAAAGAUACUGAUAUCCACUUAGACCUGUGUUGAAGUUCACAUACAAGAAGUCUUAGCUGUUUUUACCGUACUUGUGUAUGACGCAUUUUAACCGUAGGUAGAGCUUGUUUGCUCUCAAAGCCAUUGUUUCUUAAGCAGUACUUUUUCUUGGUGCUAAAUUGGGCACUUUUUCUAAUCCUCUAGUAGAAUCCAAACUGGACCACGAUGGGCUGCACCCUACCCAGCACGGCACAACACAUUCAGACAUUCACACCACAGAAACAUGGUCCCUCCUCUCCUUGUUAAACCCAGCAGAGUGCUUGUAUUUGUAUAAUUGUGUUGAAAACCUAAAUGAGAAAUUAUUGAACAAUUAUUUUUUUCUUUUUAAUUUUUAAAUUAUUUUUUCUGGUACUCUGCAGUACCUUUAGAUGUAAAGAACAGAUGGGAACUACAGAAAAAAAUGUUGAGAAAUAAAAACUCGUAUUAGAGCUUCUUUUUGGUUUUGUAAAUUUAAUUACAUUUUCAGUUUAUGAUCUUUACAUAUGUUAUCGUUGCUAACUUCAAAUGCUGUUGAACCAUAGUUUGGUGGUGAACAUUGUGAUAAAUAAUGAGGUAUAACAAUUAUAAGACAAACUAGUGAAAUCAAGGGGAUGACAGGACACCUUUGGAUUUUGAUUGUUUCAUUGGGGCUGAAUUUAUUGAAUGAAACACUUUUUUACAAUGAAAAAUAAUUUAGGUGAAUACACAAUGCCAGGGGAAUUUGACAAUGUGAAGGUUUGAUCCCAGGAUGUUACAGUUACAGGGAACAGAUCAGAGUAAUGGAAGAGAAAGAAGACAAAUGAAAGGAUGGAGAGAAAGGCCAAUGGAAGAAAGAACUGGGCAGAGUCAAGGGUGUCUGGAAAAGUCAAGACAACACAACAUGAUUGUCAACACUAUAAAAAAAAAAAAA